AAGUUAAUUAGCUCAUGCAAUACCUCCCCUGAUGCAGGAAUGUAGCCUUUCCUCGUAUCGUACACAAUGAAUACGCAUUUAUAUGAAUGUAUUAGUGUAUUAUCACUACAUAGUUAUGUUCUAGCUACUACUAUACUCACUGGCUACAAUAUGAUGGCACUUGUAACUCAGAGAGUGAUUGUGGUGCUGCUAUGCACUCUCAGUCAGUGCAGUGCAGCUGGAACAGUCAGCUUUAGCAGUGGCAGUGCAUCUCAGACAGUAAUGGAGGGAGACAGUUUGUCAGUGUGUGUGAUGCUGGACUCUGGAGAUAGUGUAGAGGUGGGACUAUCAGUCACUCCAGCAGGAGGACUUGAUGUUCCUACAAACACAUUGCAUCUGACUGACACCACUACUACUGAUUGCUGGGUGGUUACUGCUACGGAUGAUAAUAUUUAUGAAGUUGACAGUCAGAUAUUUACACUGAAUCUUGUUCUUGUGAACCCAACUUCGUCAGAUAUUGUGCUGACAGAUCCAAGUACUGCAACUAUCACAGUAAUGGAUAAUGAAGAGGUGAUGGUUGAAAUCACAACUUCAGGAGUAACAAAUUCAUACAGUGGCAUUCGUGUGGAUGAAGGGCAAUCUGUUGAGGUGUGUGUUUCAGUCAGUGGUGCAACCAUUAGUGAGAGAGAGGUGGUGGUACAUGUUGCAACUAGCCAUCUGCAGAACGAUGAGAAACCAGCAACCUCUGGCAUUGAUUAUCAAGCCUUUACGAUGGACGCAACAUUUACUUCUAGCCAAUCACAAGUUUGUGAGAAUAUUCAAACUUUGCUAGAAAUGCCUCCAAUUUAUGAGCACAACGAAGUGUUUAGUGUGAGUCUGUCAGAUGCCAGUGCUAAUCCGAGGAUCAGACUGGGGACACAGAAAACUGUUCGCAUUACAGAUGGGCAAAGAGCUGGAGUAUCGCUAGUAAACCCAACUAUAGUGCAGAAUGAAGAAGAUGGUAAUGUCUCAGUGUGUGUUAGACUAGACUCUCCAGCAGGAGGGACGGAGAAGGAGAUAUUUAUAACACUCCAUUAUCUGAUCUCGUCAGCCGAUGACUUCACCUUCCCCUCCAACUCUCGUGUGGGGGCUACCCAGUGUCUGACUCUCCCAGUUACUAAUAACAAUGUGUACCAAACUAGUCCAGUGUUGACACAAACUAUUACUCUCAGUAAAAAUCCAAUGGCCCUCAAUCAAGAAAGAUUGGAUCUGGGAAACACAGUGAUGACAACAGUUACUAUUAACGAUGAUGAUGAUGCUGUUGUCUCCAUGACCACUCCUACCAUGACGACUACCGAGGGUGGUGUGGUUGAGGUGUGUGCUAAUCUGGUCAGUCCAUCUGGUGGAACAAGUGUACCCAUCACUGUUAUGUUUACUUGGAGUGGAGGACCAAGCACUGCAACCUUCUCGGCUAACUCAAACGCAAACACUCGGGCGUGUAUACAACUGACAGUGGCAGAUGAUGAUAUAUACGGGAUGUCUCCAAUAUCAGUGUACACUAUUCUGUUGAGCAUCUCAAGCCCCACCAACUCAAGAGUGACUGUUGGAGGGAUUAGUCAAACCAUAAUAACAGUCAGCGAUGAUGAUGAUCCUGUGUUGGCUCUAUCACAAUCGUCUUACACCUUUGCUGAAGCUACGGAGGAGACUGGAGAGAUCUGUGUUGUGUUGGAGGGUCCAUCUGGAGGACUGACAACUGGAACACUUGAAGUGCUGUUCACUAUUGACACAGUGAAUAUCAAUAGACCAGCAACUCCACAAGUUGAUUUCACUACUAGUUCUCUAGUGCAAACGAUGCAGUUUUCAACUAUUGGAGAGUCCAGAUGUAUCUCAGUGACAAUAAUUGAUGACGACACCGCUGAUCCUGGUGAAUUAUUUCGGGUUACGGUAAUUUCUCCCAACAAUCGAGUUACGUUUAGAGGUGGAGCGGUUGCUAUAGUAAUAAUCGACAAUGAUGAUGUGCUGCCUGGUCCAACUAACCUCAGAAAUUCUACAACAGAAUCCAGAAGAGUGAUCUUGAUGUGGGAUCGUCCAGAUACUACCUCGAUUACUGUAGCACUAAUUGAGUACAGUGUACAAGUGACAGGGACCAAUGGUUUCCCAUCAUUGUCGCUUACUACAAAUUCAAAUUCCCCCUUCAUUGUCAUUAACAACCUUUUUCCUUAUCAACAAUACCAGUUCUCUGUCAGUGCUGUUUAUCAGAUAGACAACAUUGGGGAAGAAGUUUCAAUUGUUGUAAGAACAAGACAAGAAGCUCCAGGAGGUCCACCUGCUAUGCUCAUGGCUUCACCCACGGCAACCACCCUCACCCUCUCCUGGGAUCCACCAGCUGAACCUAAUGGAGUCAUCAUCACCUACACACUGUAUGUGGACUAUCGCAAUGAAACCACCACAAACUUCCUUACUCCAUCCGCACCAUUCCUAUUAUCUCCCCUGAGGCCCUAUCAAACUGUAUCAGUGCAAGUAUCAGCCAGUACUUUAGUUGGUGAGGGACCAAGAACACUCAGUAUGGAGUUCACUACAGCAGAGGCCAAAUCUGGCCCAGUUGGUAGUCUGAGAGUCCUAAGAGUGAAUGAAACAACCCUCACUGUCAACUGGGUUGCGCCUGCUGAGGUCAAUGGAGUGUUACUAACAUACACCAUCAGGACCAACGAGGAAGGAAGCAGCUCAGCAGAUACAGAGUACAAUACUUUAACUACCUCGUUCUCUAUACAUGAAUUAGUCCCCUAUACUCCCUAUGUGGUAUCAGUGGCUCCCAGCAAUGGCGCUGGUUUUGGAGAGCCUGUCAGUGUUGUAGAAUUCACUGCUGAAGGAAUUCCUCUGUUCCAUCCUCGAGAUAUUGGUUCCACUCGACUGAAUGGAACAGCUGUCGUGGUGUCAUGGAGACCACUCAGUCGCUCAGAGGCUAGAGGCUUCAUCACUAACUACACCAUCACCUACUGGAGAGUUGGCUUUAAUGCUGCGAAUGCUAGUACCAUUACUGUAUCUGGGGAAGACGCCAGCUCUGCUAUAAUUAUUAAUCUCAACCCAAACUCUGAUUACUACUUUACAGUGUCAGCUAGUACAGUACAGGGAGUGGGCAAUGUCAGUGUUGCCAUGGUUAUAUCCACACAGUCAUCAGGGAUGGGAGUGAUUGCUGGGGCUGUUGUAGGACUGAUUGUUGCCGUGGUUCUACUGACGAUAAUAGUCUGCAUUGCUUGCAUAAUUAGGAGGAGACAACAUGGUGGGCCUAAACAGGAAAGUGCAUUGAGGAAUCCAGCAUAUGGUAUGUCUGUUAGACAAGCUCCUAAUGAUGCAGUCAACGUCCAAUCAAAUGAUGAGCACACAUAUGAACAUAUUCGAGAUAUACGUGUAGACGAGGUGGUUUACGAAACUAUUGAUCCUGACAAAAACAGCGGUGAAGGUGAAGCAGUUUUAUGGUAUCCAGCAAUGCAGCCUAUGGAGUGAGAUUGUGAUGUCAUAGAACACUAAUGUAACUGUAUAUAUGUGUC